GACAGUCUCAAUUAGUAGGUACCUAGGUACCUACCUAUUUUUCAGUUUUUGUGAUUCUGACGAGAAGAAUCUUAAAAACUAAAAUACUAUGCAUUUGCAACAUGAUUUGCAUUUGUUUAUAGUGAUAAAUAAUUGCUAAAUAAUCUACUGAUCUCCGGUUUAUUUGUUUUUUGUUCGGCGUCCUACUGAAUAUGCUCGUCAGCUAGCAUUGUAUCAAUGUGAUCUUUGUUGAUGUGAUUGUUAGUCCAUGGUUAGAUCAUAUCAAAAUGUUUGGAAGACCCAGAUGUAGAGAGUGGACGCCUCUGUCUACUCAGCAACUCCGUUUGAGAAGUCUAGUGCAGAUUGUUGGCUACAACAUCCGACCCCCAGAAUGGUGCAGUUCACAGUGCAGUUUCUACCUGACCCUCCACCACACCACCAUGUCUGCCCCAUUCUACACCAGCGAGAGGAUAUCUUCACCACAUCCCAAAUGGAAGGAGAUUGACUCAGAAUUAACACAACGCAUGUCUUCAACGAACGUGGUUGUAAGGGUAUGGUGUCACAUGCCGCACGUGUCACAAGUCGACAGUGAAAAACGCCAAGACACAAUCAUACAGACAUGGGGAGUAUACUUCAGCGGACUACGGUACAUAGGGGCCAAUCUAGCUUUAAACUUCACGUCGGAUUGCUUUAAAAGUAACACACUAGUAUUCCAAAUGCACGGAGGAUACUUUUGCUCUUACAAAAGUCUGAAAUUAGACAUAAUCCCACCCGAAAACGAAUUGGAACAUGGUUCUAUGUCGUCUAGUUCCUCAGGUAGAACCAACCUUUCCAGAAUAACUCUAGAACCUAAAUUCAUACAGCAUAAUAAAGUUAAAGAGGCGAGAUCGAUAUCCCCUAGCAAAUUUUCUAAGAGAAUCGAUAAGGAAUACUCGAAAAGUAACAGUCCUGUUGAAAGAGGUAUUAAACAGAAUUUUGCUACGCUUAAAUCUUCGAAUAGUCUCAAUAUAGCUCAUAGUAGAAAAGAUGAAAGUAAAAAUGACCCUAGCUACAUUUACGAACAUUCGCCGGACAAUUUAGAUGUUAAAGAGUUUUCGACGAGCACUUUAAACUGCUUUGGUAUGUCUAAAACGUCCUCGUUGGAAGAUUUGGAGGAGAACAACAUAGAUUUGAGCGAGACAGCGGAAAAUUACGAUUUAAGGAACGAAUCGGAAGUGCCUAAGUUUAGGUAUAUGUCGUUGAAUUUUCUUAAGUCCGAAAUAAGGCCUAGUUACACUGCGAGCAAAUUGCAGAAGCUCCAUCUACUUCAAUACUCGAUAAAGAAACGACAAGACGCUGUUCAGGAGAUAAAAGAACGAAUAUAUACUAAAUCCGCCUUAGCCAAUCAAUUGCCUCUAAACGAAGAAUUAAAUGUCAAAUCCAAGUUUAAAAGUAAAUCGCAGAAAAGUUUGUUUUCGCCGGAAGAGGGCGAUAGUGAGACCAACGAGAAAACAUCGUCGCAAAAUGAUUUGAGUCUGAAGAAUGGUAAGAUUAAGGACGAAAGACCGACUGUGUCGAAUGGACCUCGGCUGGCGUUGAAACUGAACGAUCUCCUGUCUUUUAAGUCUAAACCAUCGCCAUUUCAAAGAUCCGAACACGUGAGGCUGACGAAACAACUAGAAAUACUGCGCUUCAAACGUAUAAUACUCUCAGACGAAAGAGACGGCAAGCUUGUUAAUAUUAGGCGGCUGAAAGAGAGGCAUGCUAAACUGUCCGAGGAAAACCAGGAUGUCGGGGUAGAACUAAUGGAGAACUACCACACACUAUCGAGACGUAACGAGAACAUGAAGGAAACUAGGACUUCAUGCGCGGCCAUGAGGGAGUUGGCCGCGCGGUCGCAUUCAGCGCUCCUGGCCCAAAGACAGGAGAUGUUGAUGCAACUGCAUCAGAUAUUCUAUAUAGAACAGAAAGAGCCAUCACUGUGGACGAUAUGUGGCGUUCGCCUGCCGAUAUGCGGUGACGAAUCACUGCGUCACACUUCUACAGUCAGCGACUCAGUGGCUGCAGGCCUCGCCGCGCAGGCGACUGUACUCGCGGCUACCGUGUUAAACCAACCGUUGAGAUACAAGAUCACUUUGUUGGGCUCUUCGAGUAAAAUAUUGGACGUAACACCCGAUUUGCCGGACCCUGACAUCCCCCUAUUCGCCCGUAGUGGAGACACGACAUUGUUCCAUUACGCGAUGUUUCUGCUGAACAAAUGCAUAGCCCAACUGUUGUGGGGGCGGGGUGUAGCUGUGACCGACAUGAGGCCCACCCUCGCCAAUCUCCAGCGGCUUCUGACCAUGCCCAGCAAUGUGGCGGACACUUCAAAGUUGUUCGGCACAUACAAAUGGCUGAUCGACAACCAAUGCCCAAGGACACAGUCGUUGAGAAGUUUGGUCGCUUCAGAGAAAAAGUAUAGGCAGUUCAACAGAUUCAAGGAUUCAGUGGACGGACAGUCACCCCAGUCUGCUAUGAACUUGAAAAGACACCGCCAUUCUCGUAGCGUUGGAAGCUACCAAGACGAUCAGGAAUUAUCGUCUUUGAACGCAUCAACAACAUCUAUAAUGGGCAGUGAAUCAAACAUCUAUAACAUGAAAAUGACUGAGCCUAGCACAUCGGAACUUCAGCUCAAAACUAACUCCGAUUCAGAGAUACAAAAAAUACUCGGCGAAGAAAAAGUCAUAUUUACUCUAGGCGACGAUACUAAACUUACUAAUUUGAAUUCACAAACUUUAGUCAGAAUUUCAACUAAUAACGAAGACGAAUGUAUAGACGAAAACGUAAAAAGGAUAUGUUCUGAAAUAGAAACGUUUUGUUCGACUGUAGAUGAUGAGAAACACAAAGAAAUACACGAAGGUUUCGAUGUAGCUAAACACAUGGAAGCAAUGAGCGACAAUGUAGCUCAGUAUAUGGAUAAGACUGGUUUCAAAAAUUGUGAUGUGUGUCCAGAAAGGGAAUUAUGUGAACUAGCGUGUGCCAAAACGGUUACAGAAGUGAUUGUUAUACCUAGCGCUGAAGCUAGAAUUGAUACUGGACAGAACAGUGCGGUGAAUGAAAGCGGUGAUCGAGUUGCCAGUAGCAUUUGAUUUUGACAAAAUAAGGCCGACCAAUCAACGUAGACAAAGAAAACUAUAGACAUCGUUAUAUCAUUCGUUUCAUACAAGAGAGAGAAACGCGUAUUAGAAAUGUACAAGAAGGACAGAGCGCUAAUAUCUUCUUCUCCUCGAUUUAUCAACGCCUAUCUUGAGGCACUUUGUAUGAGAAUGGAAAUUGUAUUAGUUUUCUUUGUUUUUGAUUUUCAAUCAAGUGUUUGGCGGGUAGGUAAUUGAUUUUUAAAUGGUUUAAUUUUAUUUAUGUUAAGACAUAACACAAUACAUACACUUAUUUUUUGUUGUAUUUACCCAGCUAGAAAAAUAUAAUAUUGUGAUAAAAAUAUGAUUGAGGGAAGGAAUUAUAUCUAAAUAUUAAUUUAAUACCAAAACAACAGUCUCAAAAUUUACUUUAAAUUGUGGCUACUUAGCCGCCAUAAUAAAUUCAAAUGAAGACCGGUACAUACAGUCACAUUAUCAUUUAUCGUAAUGGCGACAAAUUUACAACGAAUUUGGAAACAUUCGCUGUUAUGUUGUGUAUGACAGAGUCCGACACACGCCCUUAUUAUGGCCUCGCCUCGCGCUACCUUCAUAGUUGCAAUUUGACCGUGUCUAUUUGAUGGUAAAGUAGUGCAUUUCAUUUUUAAUAUAUCAAUCGGAUCACUCUGCAAUAAAACUAUUAUAAUUCAUUUUGUUUUGUCUAAAUGUUAUUUUCAUUUUAAUUAAUACUUCAUUUCUGACUAGCUUUAAUUUCGAAUUAAUAAAAUCUCAAUCAAAAAAUUGUAUGACAUUGUUUCAUGUAAUUAUAUCAUUACCAAAAUGGCAAAUAUUCUAUGAAAUCAUAAAUUAACUAGAACGAGUUCAAAGAAGCAAUGUUAUCGUAUUUCUACAUAGCUUAUACUUUUUUUUUCCUUACAAUCCUUAAUUUAUUAUUUGAUAUAAAUUAAAAUUUUUUGAACGUAAUAAGCUGGAUCUAACUAAAUUUUUGUUUGUGAGCCAUCAUUACAAUUUAUAUAUAUAAAAUAUAUGUGCUUGAUCAAAUAUAAUGAUUGUAACUUCCUUA